UUCACCCACUUUCAAAUGUCAUAAGUGCAGCACAGUAAAAGCUUUUCAGUUCUCUAACAUCUUUUAUAUUCUCUUCCUUCUCUUGUCCUACUAAAUAUUCUCCCUUUUUUUAAGAAAGCAAACAAAAUGAUCAGUGCAAGGAAGCUUAUUAAACUGGCAAGGAAAUGGCAAAAAUUGGCAGCAAUUAGGAGAAAAAGGAUCACAUUCUCGAGCACAUCGUCAAUGGUGGAGAAGGGUCACUUUGUUGUGUAUAGCGCAGAUGAGAAGCGCUUUAUGCUUCCUUUGGAAUAUCUGAAGAACGAAAUGGUGAUGGAGUUGUUCAACUUGGCAGAAGAAGAGUUUGGAAUUCCAAGCAAUGGGCACCUCAUAUUGCCCUUUGAUUCAACCUUCAUGGAAUAUGCAAUUGGAUUGAUCAAAAGGAAAGCAAGUAAAGAAGUGGAGAAAGCAUUGAUCGUGUCUAUAGUUAAUGGCCGUUGCUCAUCAUCAUCGAACCUCUAUCAGCAAGAAACAAGCCAACAGUUACCAAUAUGGAGUUUCUGAAGCCAUUUUUUUUUCAGUUUUGUAAACUCUAAUACCAAUUUUGUACAUUAAGCUAUACAAUGAGAAAGCUCCCAAUUUUUGUUUCA